AGGGCAGUUACCACAUCCAGCAGAGCCCUAGCUAGGGACUCGCUUGGCCAGCGACACAUUCCUUGAUGCCUUGUCUGCCGGUUCUUGAGGUGAAUGCCGGACUCCAUUAUCUUUCGGGAAAGCUUCCUGGGGUUGGCUUUGUGACUAGCAUUCCAUAGGCUCUAUAGAAAUCACAACCACAGCACUACAGCACAGCACUGAAGAUCAAAGUUAAAGACAUUAUCCUAGUUUUCUUUACAGUGCUAUGUUCCCCGGUACCUGGCAUUCAAAAACUUGUAUUUACAUUCCAAGCAUCUAUGUAACAUGAGCACUGUUGGCCUCAGGGACAUCCUGAAGAGCGGAAUUCAGAAGGAACUCCUCAGAUACAAGGCUUCACCAAUUCCCAAAAGCUGGGCAGGCUUUUCAACUCUUUCUGCCCAGAAUGUCAGGAGAGGCCACAGCCUUGGCCUACUAUGCUCCAAAAGAACAAGAAGGACUUACAGUUGUGAAGGUUGAAGAAGAGAAUUAUGUUUGGGGUCAGGACUUUGUCCUUCAGGGAAACCUCCAGAGUCAGGAGGUCUUCCGCCAGAGGUUCAGGCAGUUUAGUUACUCUGAUUCUGCUGGACCCCGGAAGGCUCUGAGACAACUCCAAGAGCUUUGCUAUGGGUGGCUGAGGCCAGAGGUGCACACCAAGGAGCAGAUCCUGGAGCUGCUGGUGUUGGAGCAGUUCCUGGCCAUCCUGCCGGAGGAGCUGCAGGCCUGGGUGCACAGGCACCGGCCAGAGAAUGGAGAGGAAGCUGUGACUCUCCUGGAGCAGCUGGAGAAAGAACUUGAUGAAACAAAGCAACAGGAUACAGCUGAUGGCCAAAAAAUGAUCUGGAAAGAAAUGACACCCAUGGGAGCACUGACAUCUCUGAGCAGCUUAUCACAGCCUUUAGUGAACCAGUGCAAGAGUGAGACUCAGGAACCUCAGGUGUUCCAUGAGAAAGUUUUAGAUGACAAGAUGGUGGGUGACAAAGUGUUGGCAGUAAAGCAAGAAAUUAUUGAACGUGUAGCAUCAGCAGCUCUGAUAUCCCCAGGAAGGCUUCCUGGAAAAACUGCUUCAGGACAGGUAUUUGAAGCUUUGGGAGGUCUGGACAACGCUGAGAAGCAGAGGGGAAGUAUUGGACAGAACACAAUGAAUCAGCUCUCUUCCCAGGAAACACCUGUCAGUCUGGCAACCUUCACCAAGAAAACCUCCACAGACAAGAGCAUCUUUGAAUGCAAUGGGAGUGAAGGACAUCUCAAUCUGAACUCGCAUGAAAUUACAAGACAGAAAAUUCAUGCAGGGGAGAAGCUCUAUGAAUGCUUUGACUGUGGAAAAGCCUUUUGCCAGAGCUCAAAGCUGAUUAGACAUCAGAGAAUUCAUACUGGAGAGAGACCUUAUGCCUGUACAGAAUGUGGCAAAGCUUUUAGCUUGAGCUCAGAUCUUGUUAGACAUCAGAGAAUUCACAGUGGUGAAAAACCCUAUGAAUGUUGUGAAUGUGGAAAAGCUUUCAGGGGCAGCUCAGAGCUCAUUAGGCAUCGGAGAAUUCACACUGGAGAAAAACCAUAUGAGUGUGGUGAAUGUGGGAAAGCCUUCAGCCGGAGUUCAGCCCUUAUUCAGCAUAAGAAAAUUCAUACUGGAGAUAAAGCAUAUGAAUGUAUUGAAUGUGGCAAGGCUUUUGGGAGGAGCUCUAUCCUUAUUGAACAUCAAAGAAUUCACACUGGAGAGAAGCCUUAUGAAUGUAAUGAAUGUGGAAAAUCCUUUAAUCAGAGCUCAGCCCUCACUCAACACCAGAGAAUACACACUGGGGAAAAGCCUUAUGAAUGUAGUGAAUGUAGAAAAACAUUUAGGCAUAGGUCAGGCCUUAUGCAGCAUCAGAGAACACACACCAGAAUCUAACACUGUGGGUAAGAGUUGUGCAACUGUGAAAUACAAGGAAUUCACUUUAAGGUAAAGACUCAGAAGUUUCUGUUGAGCAGUUUGUUUUUCCAGCCCAGUUCAGUGCUGUAAGAGGAGAUCCAUACCACAAUGUAGGAUUGUUGAAUGGAAGAAUGGUGGGUAUUUCCUAGAACUGAUUUCAGGAUGAGGACCUCACACUGAAAGAGCUCCUUAUAAUAUGGCAAGGAUCUUUGCCCAGCCAGGGCAUUUGUGCAUUUUGAGGUGGAGCCAUGUGCUAAAUUGAAUUAUAUGGUAUGUGAAAUGUUGAAUUAUGCUCUUGAUCAGUUUAAUGGCAUCUAAGGCUGUUAGUAUUAUCCAAGGAAUGGUGGUUCAUUCUGCCCUAGAAAUUCUUCCUACAGCUUUGAGCUUCCUGCUGAAGUUGAUUCUGAUCCUGUGUGUUGAGUACCUGCUCUGUUUAGCCACUGCCCUUCUAUCAGCCUUUAGUUAAAAUUUAAGGCUUACCAGUGCAAGAUCCUGAGUUCAAUCCCCAGUACCAAAUACAGACAAACAAAAAACUGCCCAAAACCCCCCAAAACUUAAGGGAUAUAGCUAUUUAUUAAAUGACUAAUCACAGUAAAGUGCAUUAAGUGUUUUGCUAGGAUAAAUCCAGACUUUCGUUGAAGUACAUGGCAGGAGCAUCUUACCUGGCCUAUGAGUCACUAAAGAUUUCCCAGAUGUGAUGACAUCGAGUUAAGAAAAUUAGACAGGUGAAAGGCACAGGAAAAGAGACAAAGGUUAUAAAACAUACAUGGCAUAAAGACAAGAGAGAUCUGGAAACAUCCCUGUCAGGAUUCUACUCCAACAGGAAUGAAUUCUGACUCUGGUUCAGAAGCCAUGUGUUGGUUUCUCUUCCUUUUUAUAAUCACAAGAUUUAUAAUCACAAGUGAGCUGUGAGGCUUCCACAUUCUUAGAAUUAAUGGGGUAGAAGACUCUGCUGCAUUUUCUGGAAUUGGCAUAUAUGUACGUCAAGGAAAAAGUACUUAGGAGGCUGGAGGGAGAGUGGGAGAUGGGGCAUUUGUGUCUCAUCACCCUGGGGCUCAGAAAAUGGGAAAAUUGCAGGAAUACAGUAACGGGAAUUCUCCCUUCCCAGGCCCCACUAUUCCCCAUUCCUGCCUUUUUCUCUCAGCACCGGGUUCACUUAUAAGCCACUUGAGGGCAAUAAACAUUUGUUGGGACUAAUCCCUCAUAUUCCUCAAAACUAUACUUCCCUGCUAAUUUUUAUUUUGGCAGUUUUAAAUAACAGAUUCCUGAAGACAAUUCCUGUAAAGCGUAAUGUUUGAAAACUUGCUCACCAUAGCUAUUAUGGGUAAUAGGGGGGAUACUGAGGAGUCUUUGUGUCCAAAGGUUGUGCAAAUUACCACCAAACAAAAUCAAUCCUAAAUUUAUUUAAAGGGAUGCUUUAAUGUUAUUGCCUAAUUGUGAAUGCCAGUAAUAUAGAAAGUAUAAGCACCCACAAUCCCAAAAUCCAUAGAACAGUUAACAUUUUGGAGUAUUUCCUAUUAGUAUUUUUUCCUUUAAUCCUAGUAUUUUUGGUAAAAAUCUUGGCUAACAAGUAAUUUUUGGUAACCAAUUUUAACAUUUAUGUUGAAUAAACACUCCAACUGGUCAAUAUCAGAAAGUAAGAUAUAAUAAAACAAGUUUUAAAAGUUUUCUUUUGGAAUUAUUCAUUCACAAAUAGGGAACACAACAAGUGUGGAGAGAGGACAGGGGUCAAGAAAGGGGUGUGGGAAGUCAGAAAAAAAAUUUUUUCUUCUUAUUCCCUGGGCCAAAAAAUAUAAGGAAACUAUGACAGUCAAUCUCUAGGAAUGCAAUUGACCCGCCUCACAAAAUGAACA